UCAGGGAAUCUGCAGUAACCUCACAAGAUUGAUCAGUCUAAUUGAAGACACCAGAGAGAGCACUUGUGUGGAGAUGAAGUUCUGUGGCCUUUUGAGCUGUUGCUUGUCGGUCCCAGAGGAGGAUAACGAUGAUGUCGCAGCAAGAUCUGAGACUGGACAGGAUGGCAAAAAAAACAGGAAGAGGAACGAGAGAGUCAACCCUAGCAAGAAAAAGCAGAGGAAGAAUGCUAAAAAGCUGAAGAAAGAGAUGGCUGACAGGAGACACCAGGAAGAAGCCGAGAGUGGUCAGCAGAAGAUGAUGGAGACUACUUGGGAUGAGGAAGUGGUCAUCAUGGACCAUCAGGAGAAGGAAGUGAAGGUGGUCCAUCUGGAUGAGGAGACCAGAGAGGGACCAGAGGAUGAGUGUGAGGGAGAGAGUGGUACGCAGGAGUCCGAGAUGACUAGUCUGAAAGAGCAGACACCUGUGAUGGCGGAAGAGAUUGUGGGGAAAGAGAGCGAGAGAGAGGGAGAAAGGGAUCAUGACAACAGUGACAUGGGAAGCAACACUGUAACACUUCCAGUGGGAAGUAUGGAGAAAAUAUGCAAUGUCUUUACCCACAGAGGGUUAUUGAGACAGACUGAGGAACUACUGCAGAGUGCAAUGAUCUUCUUCUUUUUGAAAAGAUGGAAAUGGGAAAAAAACAUUGCCCAUCUGGUAAAGACUGAGCUGAAAAGAAUGGAAAAGACCAAAAAGAAACUGAAGGCCAUCACUGAGACUAAGAAAGAUGAGGAAACAAAAGGAGAGGACAUAGAGGCUGGAGAAAAGGAAGAGGUGGACACAGCCCUGGAAACGAAAGAUAUGAUGGUAACUGAUGCACUUAAUGUGACCCUCAUUAAGGAGAGAGAGAAGAUGGAGGAAGACCUCCAGGAAAAAGGUGUGGUUGAGAGUGAGGGGAAGGGACAGGAGGGUGUUCAGGAGACAGAGGUGAUGGGGGAAAGAAAGCGCAGAGAGGAGAGGACACAGGAUGCACACAAGAAUGCAGGAGGGGCGGUGGAGGAAGUGGUGAUGAUGGAUGAAGUACCCACUGCGCAGCUGACAUCAUGCAAGAAAGAUGACUCCCUUGGCAUGGCCAUGCUGACAGAGCUGAACAAAGAGAAAUAUGGUAAGUUGCUACACCAGAGAGAGUAGAAACAACUGCAAACCAACAUAAAAAAUGAUAUACUGUGAUGAGACCUCAUGUAAUACUGUUACUUGAGUAACUUGCU